AUGCCUUCUGUUUCUGACAGUUCCUCCUUGGAAGAGAAUGGUCUUACUCUUUGCCCACACACAGCAAAACUGAUAACUGCAGAUAUCACUUGUGGUCAAAAGUCUGCCAACGAAGAACAGGACAGUGUCAAGGACCAAGAUAAGUCAUACCAUGAGAGCUGGGAAAGAGGCGCCAGUGUGCCUGAGAGCAGAGAAGCGACUGCGGGUCCGAGGAACUGGAUCCGUCCUGAUUUGCCCAGCAGAUGCACCUGGAGUCUGGGUGCACCGCUCUCAGAGUCACCUCAUAGCCACCCAGCACACACCACCGCCCCCAGCAUCCUCCCAAACAUCCUCGGGAAAAUCGGACACACACCUCUGGUUCGUUUGAACAAAAUCCCAAAGGAGUUUGGACUGAAGUGUGAUAUUUUGGCCAAAUGCGAGUUCUUCAAUGCAGGAGGCAGCAUCAAGGACCGGAUUGGCCUCCGGAUGGUGGAAGAUGCUGAGAAGGCCGGGAUCAUCAAACCAGGAGACACGAUCAUCGAGCCCUCCUCUGGCAACACAGGUAUUGGCCUCGCCCUGACAGCCGCAGUGAAAGGCUACCGCUGCAUUAUUACCAUGCCUGAGAAAAUGAGCAUGGAGAAGGUUGAUGUGUUGAGAGCUCUCGGGGCAGAAAUAGUGCGCACGCCCACUUCUGCAGCUUUCGAUUCCCCAGAAUCUCACGUAGGUGUGGCCUGGCGUCUGAAGAACGAGAUCCCCAACUCACACAUCCUCGACCAGUAUCGUAAUGCCAGCAACCCUCUGGCUCACUACGAUACCACAGCCGAGGAGAUUCUGGAGCAGUGUGAUGGUAAAUUGGACAUGUUGGUGGCCGGAGCUGGCACAGGUGGUACACUUACUGGUGUUGCUCGGAAGCUGAAGGAGAGGUGUCCAAACGUCAAGAUAGUUGCUGUGGACCCUGAGGGCUCCAUUCUGACUGAGUCCGAAGAGGAGAGUGAGAAGAAGACUUCUUUUGAAGUGGAGGGCAUUGGAUACGACUUCAUCCCCACAGUGCUGGACAGAUCUAUUGUUGACAUGUGGUAUAAAUCGACUGAUAUGGAGACGUUCACCAUGGCCCGCAAGCUGAUCAGAGAGGAGGGUCUUCUGUGUGGCGGCAGCUCUGGCUCAGCCAUGGCCGCAGCAGUGAAGAUGGCUCAGCAGCUUGAGGAGGGACAGCGCUGCGUUGUCAUCCUGGCCGACUCCGUCCGCAACUACAUGUCAAAGUUCCUGAGUGACAAGUGGAUGUGUGAGAAAGGCUUCCUCAGCACGGAGGCUACGAUGGAUCUCAAACCUUGGUGGUGGAACAUGACCGUCCAGUGUCUACACCUGUCUGCCCCCCUCACUGUUCUGCCAUCUGCGUCCUGCCAGAAAACCAUUGAGAUCCUGACGGAGAAAGCGUUUGACCAGGCCCCAGUGGUCAAUGAGUCAGGCGUGAUCCUGGGGAUGGUGACUCUGGGAACCAUUCUGUCCUCUCUGUCGGCCGGGAAGGUCGAACCCUCAGAUGCUGUCAUCAAGGUGCUCUGCAAGCCUUUCAAACAGGUGCAUCUGACAGACAACCUGGGGAUGCUGUCCCAAAUCCUCGAAACUGAUCACUUUGCCCUGGUGGUCCAUGAUCACGUAGAGUAUGAGGAGGAUGGGUCCGUUUGCCAGAGGCCGAUGGUGUUUGGCGUCGUGACAGCGACUGACCUCCUCAGCUACAUCACAACGCACAAGGAGCAGGACCGCUCAUCGUCUGAAUGCUCGCUGUUGAACACAAUGUCUCUGUCUCCAAUUUCUAUUUAAGACUCCAGUUUUCCAACACCAUGUACCCUGUGUGCACAAUUAUUAGGCAAGUUGUAUAUAAACAAACAACUCAAUAUUUACAAAUGAACAUUUCCGAAAUUACAAGUUUCAAAUUACUAGGUCAGGUGAGGAAGGGGGCCUUUACUGGCUAGUAUUUCGAUGCAUGUGAUGGAGCAUCGUCCUGCAUAAAAAUCAUGGCGUUCUUGGGAGAUUCCCCUUUUUCCUGUACCACUGCUUGAAACAAGUGUCUUCUAAAAACUGGCGGUAGGUUUGGGAGUUGAUUUUGAGUCCAUCUUCAACCUGAAAAGGUCCAACUAGCUCAUCUUUAAUAAUACCAGCCCAUACCUGCACCCCACCUCCUUUAUUGGGCUCCUGGUAGCUUCACGAGUGUAAAGG